CCCUAACUCAACAAGUCCUAUUUGAUAAUAAUAAUAUUCCCAACACCUCCCUCCGACAUUAUUUUUUGGAAAGUUGCCGUUCGUCUCCGUUCGUUUCGUUUGGGCCCUCCUCUCCUACCCUUCUUCCGUUUGUAAAUAAAUAAAAUGAGUUCAUUCUUGUUGCGUAGAGGCCUUUUACUCGCCGCCGCUACCAGCAAGCAACAACUGACACGUUCCGUCGUUUCUCCCGCCGCCGUCCAAACCACCAACGUCCGUUUCGCCACCACUGACAGCAGCAGCAGUCUUUACGAAGUACGCGAGAAACCACAGUCAUUGUCCUACUUUACCGGCAAUUACAAGUACAAUGACCUUCUCAUUGAACUCGACGCGUUGCAUAAAACGUAUGGCGAAUGGCAAGGCGACAAUGCAACCUUUUCAGAAGCAGCAUUAAACGAUACCAGCGAAUUACAACAACCACAACAACAGCAGACUGCAUGGAAACUCCGUGACAAAAUGUCACAAAUGUUGGCCAUUCCAUUGAAAACGUCUCAAUGGAGAAAAAUUGUUCUGCACUUGAACGCUUUGUCUGCUUUGCCCAAGCCGUUGCCCGCACCGGUAGAAGAAGCCUUGAAGCCGUAUCGACGUUAUGAUGGACAGCAGCAACAGACAACUGGAUCUACAUUAAAAGCAUUGGACGCUCUUGGACGUGCAUAUGCUGUGGGUAGACGAAAGGAAUCGAGUGCUCGAUGCUGGGUCGUCGAAGGUGAUGGCCAGGUGCUGAUCAACGGCCAGCCACUCGAAGAGUAUUUCCAACGACCGGUUGAUCGUGACGAAGUAAACUUGCCUUUGGAAGCUAUCGAGUCCAAGGAUCGAUACAACGUAUGGGCCUUGGUGAAUGGCGGUGGAAGCACAGGUCAAGCACAGGCUGUCAAACUGGGUGUCGGCAGAGCAUUAUUGACACACAAUCAGGAAUUGAAGCCAAUACUGCGCAAAGCUGGCUGUAUUACGCGGGAUCCAAGAGUGGUUGAACGUAAGAAGGAAGGUCAGCGUAAGGCCCGUGCAAGAUACACUUGGGUCAAGCGUUAAAGAAGAAUGCAGCAACGAAUCGAGAUAUUCUGUCCUUCUUCAUGCUGUAUCAGUCAUAUGUUUUUUAUCUUUUCUUUCUUAGUUUCAACAUCAUUACAAGAAAACCCAUUCCAUCCUUUUUGCUUCUAGACAUAUAUUCUUUCCAUGACCAUUCUUUUUUCUUCUAUCAGUGACAUAGAGACUGCCCCUGUGCGUUUUUCUUCUUGUAUUUAUCGCUUUUUUGAUUCAGGGGUUGAAUGCGAACCGUAAUUAAAAAGAAAAAAAGUCUUGUACGACACGACACAACAACCCACAAGGUCACCACCGUAUACAUACUCAUAUAUACUGUAACCUUAAAAUAUAGU